AUGUCAUUUCCCCACUCCAGCCUCCAAAACAUCCCCCUUUCAUACGCUUCCUGCUCAAUUGGCUGCGGCCCAAACGACACACUCCCGCGCCGUCUCGAAGCAAUCAGCGGAGCAGGCUUCACAGCAAUUGAGCUCUCCUUCCCAAACAUCUUAGAGUAUGGGGCGCAAGUUACUGGCACUUCAAUUGCACCCGAUGACUACCCUGCGAUUUUCCCCAUCGCCGUGGAGAUCCGCAAACUAUGCGAAGAAAACGGGUUGAAGAUCAUGAUGCUGCAGCCAUUCUCAAACUUCGAAGGCUGGGCCAGGGGCUCUACAGAUCGCGAGGAGGCCUUUGCUAGAGCGACCGGCUGGAUGGAGAUUAUGAACGCCGUGGGUACGGACUUGUUGCAGGUUGGAGCAACAGACACACCGGAACCGUUAAUUAAAAAAGAUCGCGACGUCAUCGUCUCCGACUUGCGCGCUUUAUGCGACAUUCUCGCGAAACGCAACUACCGCCUCGCCUACGAGAACUGGUGCUGGUCGACUCACGCGCCCGCGUGGAAGGAUGUCUGGGAGAUUGUGAAAGCUGUAGAUCGUCCGAAUUGCGGGCUGUGUUUGGACACAUUCCAGACUGCGGGCAGUGAAUGGGGCGAUCCGACUACCGAGUCUGGUCUAAUUGAAUCAGUCUCGGAGUCCGAGCUAAAGAAGCGGUUUGAUGCGAGCAUGGAUGAGCUUGCAAGCACUGUGCCCGGUGAUAAAAUCUAUCUGCUUCAGAUCUCGGACGCGUAUAAGGUGUCGCCGCCGUUGGACGACAAGACUAUUGGUGGGCUCAGGCCGAGGGGUCGCUGGAGCCAUGAUUUUAGGCCCAUGCCAUAUGACGGCGGGUAUUUGCCUAUCGAGGAUGUUGCGAAGGCAGUGCUCAAAACUGGAUUCCGGGGUUGGUUUUCGAUGGAGAUCUUCGAUAGUGGACCGCAGGGGACUGGGAAGAAGUACGAGAUGGGGUCUUUUGCAGCGAAGGCUAUGGAUAGUGUGAAGAAGUUCUUGAAGAAUUGUGCGACGGAUUAA